AGAGCGUCCACUAUUUAUUCCCAAUUACACAAAAGUGCGCUUCAUAACCCCAGACUGGCUUGCUGCCUCGCGGUUGUGGCUGCAGCCCUGAUUAUUUCCGUACAUUAAGUCCUAUUUCCGAUCUCAACGGGGUUUCCGCCGCUAAGAAUCCUUACCUCCACACUUUUACAGCGAUCUUUUCUUGUUAAUUAACCCCAACAUCCCGCCAACCUGUUGCACUAUUUGGUAAACUGUAUAAAUACCAACUCAAAUAGGGACAUAGCAAUAUGUCCGAAAUUACCUUCAAACCCUGGAAUCCCGCCAAAUUAGCCUGGUUUAUUACAGGUGCAUCCUCUGGCUUCGCCUUGGAAAUUGCCCGCAUUGCCCUCUCCAACGGCCAUGAUGUCAUUGCAACAUCUCGCAACCCCGGCAGCAAGCCCGGAAUUAAGAAGGAGAUUGAAGACCUCGGAGGACGCUGGGUACCGCUGGAGCUGGACGACUUGAACUCGGCGUCAACCAUUCACAACCUUGAGAAGGAGGGCACGCACAUUGAUGUGCUCUUCAACUGUGCGGGCUAUGCGUUCCUAGGCCCUGCCGAGAUUGCGUCAGAAGAGGAGCUGCGCAAGCAAAUGGACACCAACUUUUUCGGACCUAGCAGAUUGGUCCGAGCCUGUGUCAAGUACAUGCGUGAGAGACGCCGGGGUAUGAUUGUCAAUAUCAGCAGCGGCGCAGGCGUAGAAGGGCGCGACAGCAUGAGCGCCUAUGGAGCAUCCAAAGCGGCCAUGGAUAGAUUAAUACAUGUCCUUUCUAAAGAAGUUGCGCCGUUCAACGUUCGCACCCUCACCGUCAGUCUGGGCACAUUCAACACCAACUUUUCCAAUACCUUGGUAGCACCAGCCGCCGCGUUGCCCCAAGACUACGUCGGGUCUGCCGCGGAUAAAGUCAUGCAGACAGUCAACAACAUGCACGGCUUCAACCCCAACUUUGGAGAUGCCAAAAAGGCCAGCCAGGCCAUGUACGACGUUAUUGUAGGACAAGGUAUUGGGCAAGGCAGGGAGGCAGAGAAGCUGCUGCCACUCGGCCGAGAUCUCUAUGCUGCUACCAAAAUGGCAUUGGAUAGACAGACACAUGCGCUUGAAAUCUUUGGCGACGUGUGUAACAAUGUAUACCCAGACACAGAUGAGGGCAAGUAAACGCGGAAUCAGAGUAUAGUAUAUAAAAAAAUGCUAGAUAAUAACGCCGACCCUGUCAUAAACGCCAAAUAUACAUUAUGUGCAAAAAAUCAAAAGACUGUGACUGUGUUGAUGUAUCCAUUCCUCAAAACCUCAAACACCAACCCAGGGAACCCGUAUAGCGUUGUCGUCGAGUCGAUACUCGCCUCAGCCUUUCUGGCCGCGCUGUCUUCCCACCCACCGAGCAGCUCGCAGCUGUUUCCAGGACUAUCCCCCCAACCGCGGUUCAAGACCAUACCUCUCUGCCGCGCUUGUGGGUUGUUUGGUUCGGCAGGGCCCCAUUUCGUAUGAAGCUGAUCCUCCACGUCUUUAAACACUGCCUCCGAGUUGGCACUGGUUGCUCCAGUUCCGUCGCCAAGGUACGCGAUUUCCCAUCUGCACCGGCGGUGUCGAUUGAACUCGUAUGAACCGGGAAUAUUGCCGUGAAGAACAAUCUUUGUAGCGACAAGCCGGUCUGGCUGGUGCAUCUUAAUACCAUUUUCAAGAGGCAUAUCUGCACCAGGAGGGGCCUGUGACGGAGAGACGGGAGUCGACAGCAAGAUAUCAAAGCCCAAAUAAAAGUAGUUGUAAAAGCACUCUCCAGAAGGAGACGAUGCGCUGGGCUCAUCGUCAUCAUCAUCGGACUGGUCCGAAACAUCAUUCAUAGAUGAGUGGUCCGUGUCAAUCGCCUCAUCCUUUCGUGCCAGAUCGCCCAUGUUGGGCCGUGUAGCCGUGCCGCUGGUCGUCCUCAUCUUAUGCACAAUCAUUUUCUGGUCAUUCUUUCGAUACAUGGCACUAGGUGGGCCGAGCUCCAACACCAAGUCCUGCGGCGUCGUCUCGCCCAGCUGUAUCCAGAAACUCUCGUUUGUCCACUUGCGGAACAGCUGCACUCUUCCGCCACCAUGGAUACGCACCAACGACACCUCGUCCGCAUGUACGUCCUUUGUCCGCGGCAACGCUGGCGACGAGUUGAUACUAGGCAGGAUCUCUGUCCACAGCGUUUCCCGAGCAUCAGCCCAAGACUCGCCGCUAAACACAGCCAUCGAUGUCGCCGAUUGGUUGGCCGAAGGCGAGAGCAGCGUGACUACAUCCUUGGUAGGCGAAUACUCGGCCUCCGCCAUGGGAAAGUUGAACGCUACACCAGGAUACGACAGGACAUAUGUUCCAUCCUCUUGAUCUGCCGCAGGGGGUAUAAAUUCUCCAGCAUAUGUUGGGCCCAGUAGCCGCUGGUAUAUGUGGCGGAAUGUCGGCCCGGCUGGCGGUGUUGGUGCAUCGGCACUCGGCCGCACCAGGUCCUUUUCCUUAAAGGUGAUGUGAUUCUUUGCAAAGUCCACGACUUCCACUAGCCUGAGGCGUUGCUCGGGGGCGUCGAAGCGCAGACGGAUGCCAUUGUGC